UCUUUGUUCGCAAUGUUGGUUUAUUUGCGAGAUUUGUAGAAAAUCUUAAGAUACAAAUUGAAAAGAACAAAGAAUUUCAACAAAAUGUUAAAUUAUUACAAGACCAGGCAGAUCAAUUAGGGGAAUCUGAGACUUUAAAAAAAGCGAAAGAAGCUUAUGUUAAGGCUAGGGAAGAAACAAUACGGAGAUCCGAAAAACUUGACGGACUCAAAAAAUCUGUAGAAAAGAUUGGAACCAAAGUUUCGGACACGAUCAAAGAUGUUGGAGAAAAUCCAUAUGUUAAAGGAACUAUUAAAGGAACUCAAGAAACG